CCGCUGUUACGAUCCGCUCGGUGCCGCGAGCACCUGCUCAUCCCAAACCUCCACCGAAUUUCAGUGCAUCUGACCCACCACCAACAGACCUUACCACUCCCUCGACCAAAUAUCUCCAUCAAGAAGAACCAUCCGUUGAUCCGGUCCUUCCAUCAAUCAUCACAAAAAAUGUCCUCACCAAACGCCAUUCCCCAUCCUUUGCUCAUGAUCCCUGGACCCAUCGAGUUCACCGAUGAAGUCCUCCAAGCAAACGCACACCCCUCCAUGUCCCACGUCGGCGCGCCCUUCAUCAACGUCUUUGGUGAAUCCCUCGAGAUGCUCCGCAAGGUCUUCCUCACCUCCGAUCCCGCAUCUCAGCCUCUUGUUCUGAGCGGAUCUGGUACUUUGGGCUGGGAUAUCGUUGCUGCUAACCUCAUCGAGCCUGGAGAGGAGGCUCUGGUGUUGCACACCGGUUACUUCGCUGACGGGUUCGCGGAGUGUAUCGAGACGUAUGGAGGAAAGGCUACGCAGCUUCAGGCUCCUAUUGGUGGCAGGCCCACUUUGGAGCAGAUCGAGAAGGCUUUGAAGGAGAAGAAGUUCAAGGUUAUCACUAUUACCCACGUUGACACCUCCACCGGUGUUUUGUCUGAUCCCCGUACCGUUUGCGAGCUCGUCCAACGGGUGUCGCCCGAGACCCUCGUCGUUGUCGAUGGUGUCUGCUCGGUUGGCGCCGAGGACCUCGAGUUCGACAAGUGGGGCGUGGACGUCGCCCUCACCGCCUCGCAAAAAGCCAUCGGUGUCCCUCCCGGGUUGAGUAUCGUCAUGCUCGGCAAGCGCGCCGUCCAGGCCUUCGAGAACCGCAAGGCUAAGCCAGCAAGUUUCUUUGCUUCCUUGAAGAAGUGGAUUCCUAUCAUGAAAGCUUACGAGAGCCGUAAGCCCGCUUAUUUUGCUACUCCUGCUGUUCAGUUGAUCUACGCUCUCAACGCUUCCUUGAAGCAGAUCUUGCAGACUAGCAUGCAGGAGCGUUUCGCCAAGCACAAGGCUGCCUCCAAGAAGGUCAAGGACUUCGUCAAGGCGAUGGGUUUGGAGCAGGUUCCUAACAAGCCCGAGGAGUCCGCAAACACCAUGACUGCCGUCAAGCUUCCCGAUGGUAUCGCCCCCACGGACUUGUUGCCCAAGUUGGCGGCAAGGGAUAUCGUUUUCGCUGGUGGUUUGUUGCCGCAGGUGAAGUACUUCAGGGUUGGACAUAUGGGGGUCACCGCAACCGACGAGCAGAGGGGUGACUUGACCAAGGCCUUGGAAGGCCUGAAAGCCGCUCUCGCCGAGUGCGGAUAUGAGGGUGCCAAGCAUUGA